AUGGAGCCCGAUGCGCGACGAGCCGUGGUGUGGUGCGCCUCGUGGUCCUCGCUCGGCGGGAGCCUGAUGCUUCUGCUGGCGAGCUCGCUCUUCCAACGGUCCCACUCCUCUCACUCCCACUCUGCACUGCUCCUCCGCACGCUCGCUGGAAUCGGCGCAGCUGAUCUGCUCUUCUCCUUGUCCUUCAUCCUCGCGCAGCUGGCACACGGGCAGGUGGGCAGCAGCCUCGGCAGGCUCGGCCCGGCGGUGUGCUCCGCCUCCGCCAUCCUCAACGAGUAUAGCUCGAUGGUCGCCUCUCUCAUGUCAGCGCUCUUUGCCUUUUAUCUCCAGUCGGCAUAUGCGGAGGAGCGGGCCGUCACCUCGCCAGGCAGCUUCGCUCGCCAUAUCGCCGCCGCUUGGCUCGUUCCGCUCGCCCUCGAGGCGGCACUCGCCCUCCUCAUCUUCCUCCCCGACGGCCUUCUCCAUGCAGAGCAUGACCUGCCGUGGUGUCACUGGAGGCGGCGCGCCAGGCCGUACGCCGUGCUGCAGUACGGCGUGGUCGCGGCGGCCGUCGGGGUGUGCUGCUCUGCAUUUGCACGCACGCGCGCCCUCGCCCGCCGCUCGCUGCCGCCGAACAUCGGGCGCCACCUCUCGCUGCAGCACCUCUCCUAUCUGCUCGCUUUUCUCGUCUCGCAGCUGCCGGCGCUGGCCCACCGCUCCUGUCAGCUCGUGCCAGCAUGUGAGGCGUCUCCACACCGUGGCUGGCUCGUCGAUGCGCAUGCCUUGACGCAGCCGUCACAGGGCCUUCUCAACGCGUGCGUCUAUCUCUCCCACGUUUGGUGGCGCUACGUCAUCACCUGCCAGCACGCCUGCCACUCCAGCUGCACGCGGUGCGGCUCGUGCUGCUGGCGCUGGUGGUACGCCGGCGGCGGCUAUGCCUCACCGGGCUUGGGGCGGGGCAUCAAGCCGGACCCAUUGGCCGACAUCACGUCACGCAGCGAAAGUUCGUGCUCUUUCUUCAGCCCACUGUCGUCAAACGAGGUGGGGCUGACUCCACCGACUCCGUCGGUUCCCACCUCGGCAUCGGACAUCCUGGUCGGCGGCCACAGCGCUGACCCGGGCGCCUUCACAUUCCACUUCGGCGUCUCCUCCAACAUCCCCUCCAGCAUGAAGCCAGAUAUAGUACGGCCGUCGCCCAUCUACCCGCUUCGACCGCCGCCAGCCUUCCCGCUCUCCUCGAUCGAUCUCUGCGAUUGCUGCGCAGCAGCGGUCUUAUUCGUGCCAGCGGCACGUCUCGAGGAGCAAGAAGGAGUUACGAGGUACGAAACCUUUGGAGCGAGGUGA